AUGUUUGAAGGAGUUCUUUAUCCUAGCUACAAAGAAGCAUGUUUUGCAAGGGGAUUGUUAGAUGAUGAUAAAGAGUACAUCGAUGAUAUUAUAAGGAGAAGUUACGACGGCUCAUCAAAUGAAAUGAGGAGGAAGAUUUUCAACAGACCAGGGCUACUGUUAAGUGAUGCGGAUAAAAAGAAGUAUACGUUACUGGAGAUUGAGAAGCUUCUAAGGCGUAAUGGGACAUCUUUAUCAAGAUUUGAAAAAAUGCCAAAGGUACCAAACACAAGCAGUUGUGAUUCAAACGUCCUGAUUCUUGAUGAGCGAAGCUAUGAUCAAGGCGUAAUGGGACAUCUUUAUGUUUUCUUCGUGUAUGUUGUCUCAUGGAGUAACAACCCCUUUGGUGGAAAAGUCAUUGUAUUUGGAGGUGAUUUUAAGCAAGUUCUGCCAGUGAUUCCCGGUGCUGGUAGAGCUGAGGUCGUUUUGGCGUCAAUGAAUUCAUCAUACCUUUGGGAGCAUUUUGAAGAAUCAAAGGACCUUAAGGAAUUUUCAGAGUGGAUAUUAAAGGUCGGUGAUGGUAAACUUGCAGAGCCUAACGAUGGUGCAGCUGAGAUCGAAAUUCCGUCAGAAUUUUUGAUUACUGACUCUAAUGAUCCUAUUGAAGCCAUCAGCAGAGCAGUGUAUGGAGAUUGUAGUUCGCUACAAGAAAACAAAGAAGCAAAGUUUUUCCAGGAAAGAGCUAUUAUAUGUCCAACUAAUGAAGAUGUCAAUAGAAAAAUUGUAUAUUGUACUAAACGUGUUUGUCUAACUUAUUCAGGUGAAGAAAAGAUUUAUCUAAGUGCAGAUAGUAUUGAUCCUACUGAUAAAAAAUCUGUUAAUGACGAAGGACUUGGUCAAGAUUUUUUAAACAGCAUAAAGGUGUUUGGAUUGCCGAAUCAUUGUAUUCGACUGAAAGUUGGUUGUCCUGUGAUAAUUCUGAGAAAUAUUAAUCCUGCAGAAGGGUUGAUGAAUGGAACAAGAUUACAAAUUACUCAACUCAUGGAUUUUAUGGUGCAAGCUAGGAUCAUCACAGGAGAAAAGGUUGGGGAAAUUGUAGAUAUCCCAAGAUUGCUUAUUACACCAACUGAUACAAAACUGCCUUUUAAGAUGCGUCGAAGGCAAUUGCCCUUGGCAGUUGCAUUUGCUAUAACAAUCAACAAAAGCCAAGGACAAUCUCUCUCUGAAGUUGGCAUAUUCCUACCCAGACAUGUGUUCUCUCAUGGACAGCUAUAUCUGGCUAUUUCUAGGGUCACAUCAAAGAAAGGAUUGAAGAUUUUGAUGGUGGACAAAGAUGGUAAACCUCAGAAGAAGACUAUGAAUGUUGUUUUCAAAGAGAUUUUCAACAGCCUAUAAUAUUUAUACGUAAGAAACGACAGGUAUGUUUACUUAUGGAAAUUUUUUUGGAAAAUUUUAGGAUGAUAUAAGGUUGUAAAAUAUAUUUCGUGUUUAGUUGCAGGUUUUGUCAAGAAGAGGGAAUGCGAUGGAUUUCUACAUUUUACUAUGCUUUUUGUUCAAACUUGAUACAAGUUUUGUUUCUUCUUUUAAAGUUCAGACCACAACCAGAAAUAAUGCUAUGUUUCAUUCAGCAAUGUUUCAUUCAAACCGAUAAUCCUACUAAUACUACUCUUAAGACUACUAAUUUGCGCAUAUUAAUAAAAGUUUGUUUAAGAAAUUACUAAUCUUUUUACUUUUAAAAUUAUGUGUAAUGCUCAUCUUCAAUACUAUCCUUUUUGUAUCACUUUUGCUUCUCCACCAUGUUUUGGAGUCAUGUAAUUAAACAGAAAAAAAAAUCAACACAAGUUAGUCAUUCAUCAAGAGUGAUUUUGAAAACUAAAGCAUACGAGAUACUGAAUUCACUGAUAGUUGUAGUUAUAAGCAAAGAAGUACAAUCAACAUCUAACAUAAGUGGAAACAAUUCAGUUAUAUUCCAACAUGAAAAUAUUGUGAAGCAAAGUGGAAACAAUUCAGCAAAUCUUAAGAUCGAGAAACAUAACAUUUAUAAUUUGAAACAAUAUACAUCUAUCUUAAGCUAAACUUUCCAAAAGAACGGCUUACACCUAUGAUCUUAAAUCCCAGAACUUUCCAAACCAGACGGAUCUAUAUGAUCUGUUGGACAUCUUCAAUCUCUAUUUGUAGGGUUAAAUUCAUCUGGAAUUGUAUACAAUAAAACUAUUAGACACAUAGAUAAACCUUUUACUUCAAUAAUUCAAUAAUCCGUACGGAUUUAACUUCAAAAUAACAAAAAUCAAAACCUACCGGAGCCGCUUGUUUCAUCAUGGAUUGCAUGUUGAUGAAUUUUCAGCGAUUUUAAUUUUGAGGAAUCGUUAAAGAUGAUAGCUCUGUUUUUUUUUGUUAAGAGUUUGUUCAUAACAAUUUUUUUCCUACGCUAAUUAGUUAACUUACUAAAUGAGCUUUUUUUUAACAAACUAAAUGGGCUUUGUAAAUAUUCAAUAUCUCCAGCCCAAUAGUUACAAUUACCAUUAUCCAUAAAAGUUAUGUUUCUAUCUUAUGUUUUUUUGAACAACAAUACAAAAUUGUUACAAUUACCUUUGUCGGUUGUCGAAUCGUCUAUGUAAUCUUUCCUAUAUCAUAAUUGUAAGAUCAUAAUAAAUCAGCGUUAAAAAAAAAAACAACAAUACAAAAUUCAAAUGUAUCAGGUUUAUAAAAAACGUGAACGAAACCGUUUAAGAUGAACUAUGUUACUUUUCAAUCUUAUCAUUAUAUUCCAAGAUUUGUAACACAUCACUAACAUAAAGACUAUGUAUCUUCGAAUUUUCAGUAUAAUAUUGGAAGUUAUAAAAAAAAAACCGUUUAACCAAAUUGAAACAUACUGAUAUAAAACAUAAACAACUACAUAUGCAUGUUAUAUUAUUGCAAAUCAAUAUAACACCCGCGCUGGUGCGCGGAUUCGAUCCUAGUGGAGUGUUAAAAGAUGAAGUAGAGAAUAUUGAAUCUUAAAACCAUUAUAUAUAGUCUAAUGUGACAGCAAUGUAAAAAUUAUACCUGCGGCACUACGGUGUCGCAACCGGUCAAACCGUAAACCUACAAAAUCUUCAAUAUCCUUUGAAGACAAGGUUGGGGUGGAAACGAGAAUGAAAAU